AUGCAAAGCACCAAGAAGACCAAACACACGCUGAAUCGUGAAGACUCUUUUCUCAGGAAGUUCUCCACGAGGAACCACCAGAACGUUCAGAACACUUCGCAGUCCACGGACGAGGGCGUGCCGAGGGCGUACGACUCCUCGGAGAAAUACGACGGCAGGCUCGUGAUCCAGCACGACGGGAACUUCAUGUUCUACUGGCUGGGCGUCGUGACGGUGUCGGUGCUGUACAACGUGUGGACGCCCAUCGCGCGGGAGGCGUUCAAAGAGAUCCAGGAGGGCUGCUAUCCUUGCUGGUUCUCGUUCGACGCUAUCUUCGACAUCAUCUACAUACUCGACAUCAUCGUGCAGUUCCGCACCGGAUACCUGGACCAGGGGCUCAUGGUGUACGAUUCUAAAAAACUCAGGGAACGGUACACAAAGUCCAAAGUGAUCUACGUGGACUUUCUGAGCCUCCUGCCGCUGGAUCUCUUGCAGCUCGUCAUCGGCGUUCACCCGAUGAUCCGAUUCCCCCGGUUCCUGAAGGUGUAUCGGACGUUUCGAUUCCUGCACAUGCUCGAGUCUCGGACGGCUUAUCCUAACUUGAUCCGGGUCAUCAACCUGACCCACAUUCUGUUCCUGGGUGCCCAUUGGUUUGCCGCCUUCUACUACAUGAUUAGCGAGGCCGAGGACUUCAAGGGCGACUGGGCGUACCCGAAACCUGUCGGAGACUUUGCCGACGUCAACCGGAAAUAUCUCCGAUCUCUGUUCUGGUCGACCUUGACACUGACAACCAUUGGUGACCUUCCACCGCCGGAUAAUAAUAACGAGUAA